AUGUGUGCUGUAUCAAACAAAGCUGUCAGUGUCAUUACUCUGGGACGUAUGGGGUUUAUGGCAGCCUAUGAUGUCCAGAUGAGGUUUGCCAGGCAGCACCUGGAUGAGCUGGCAGGGAAACCAAAUGUUUAUGGAGAGAACACGCUUUUGUUGGUUGAGCACACUCCGGUCUACACAGUCGGCAUCAGAAACCAGAACUACUCAAAAAUUGAUGAAGUCAAGUUAAAGCAGACGGGAGCAGAAUUCUAUAAGACCAACCGUGGUGGUCUGAUCACUUUCCAUGGACCAGGGCAGCUGGUAGCGUAUCCUAUCCUUAACCUGCAGCAUUUUAAACCCAGUAUGAAAUGGUAUGUUUGUCAGUUAGAGAAGACUUUAAUUACAACCCUAAAGCAGUUUGGACUUACUGGACAAACGACAGACCAAACAGGCGUUUGGGUGGAAGAUAGAAAAAUUGCCUCAAUCGGCCUGCAUGGCAGCCGAUACGUGACUACUCACGGGGUGUCCUUGAACUGUAACGUGGAUCUGGAUUGGUUCAAACAUAUACUCCGUCAGGAGGUGGACUAUGAUGCUGCUGUCAAACCAUUCCUUAGGGGCUUCCAAGAAGUCUUCGAAUGUGAGCUGGAGUUUAAGAUGUUGGAUGAGAAGGAGCUGAGAUCUGUUUGUGCAUCAAGCUCACUCUCAGGGGCAACAAACUGUGAUUCUGAAGUUGCUCCAACCAAGCUGUCACAAAGAGCGGAGUAA